UCUAAAAGAGCCUUGUCCCACUCAAUGGUCACUGUGACUAGUUAACGGACACUUCUCUCAUUUGGCUAUUUGCUUCCUUACGACGUAGUCUUAGCCCAACAUGAAGCCAGCGGCCACCAGCCCUGCACCGGGGGAUGAGAGUAAGAGUGUCCCUCUUCCCCAAGGCUGGAGAUGUUACAAGUCACCUGAGGGAUGCAGGUACUACGUCAACACCGGCAGCAAAGAAACAACAUGGGAACGGCCGUCUGCUACUUAUGGAACCCCAGUGAGACCACCGGCACAAAGAAACUCCUUACCAGAAGCCAAUGGAACACCUUAUACCACGGGAAGUGCUAUGCAUCCCACGGACACCCCUGGCGUGCCCCUACGGAGAGCCGCUAUGGACAAACAGGUGAGACUUUCAACGCAGCACUGCAGUCUGCAACUAACGGGAGAAUACAUGGACAGAUCUGGGCCAUAUGGGCAGCUGAGAUUUGGACCAGAGAAUCUUUAUAGCUCAAACUGGGAGAACUGGGUAUCCUGGGUUUCUGGGAAAGUCCGCUGGCUGGAUCGCCACGCUCCGAGCAGCCCGGACACAUCGGUAGGUGCUGGUCAACGGCGCCAUGUUUCGGAGGAGGAAGACUCGGGUGACAGCCUCGUCACGCUCCUAGGACUACGACCAACCGCCUCCACCCCCUCCCUCCACUCCACACAUCCCCCUCCAUUCUCCCCAGCCCCUUACUCACCCCCCCCACCACCACCACCACCACCCCCACCCCACCCCACCCCAGUGACGUGUCUCCACUCGACUCACCACGUCAGGCAGGCAGCAGGCUGUGAGAGGCAGCCUCAGUUGCAGGAGAAGGGUUUCCCCGUGAUGAUGGAGGCGGCCAGCUUUGACACCGAGGAGAGCUUUGACGUUGACGAUGCCUCCUGUCUCUCCCAACAGAACCCGGGGAACAAUUCGCCAGCUAAGAGGCAGAACAAGGAGAUCAAGGAGACCAAGAUAACAAUCAACUGCGUCACCUUCCCGCUGCCCAGUGUGAUGCCAGAUCAACCCGAGCAGCAGCUACUGAAGCCCAAUGAGUGGAGCUACUGUGACUACUUCUGGACUGACAAGAAGGACCCCCAAGGGACCCCCUCUGUGGGCGGCUUUGAGGUGCUGCUGCAGAAACAGCUCAAGGGCAAACAGAUGCAGAAAGAGAUGGCUGAGUUCGUCCGGGAGAGGAUAAAGAUUGAAGAUGAAUACUCUAAGAACCUCUCCAAGCUCUCCCAGAGCCCCUUGGCUGCUCAGGAGGAAGGAACCCUUGGGGAAGCUUGGGCCCAGCUGAAGAGGAGUUGUCAUGACGAGGCUGAAGUCCACCUCAAGUUCUCCAAUAAGGUAGCCUACUGUCUUUCUGGAAGAUAUUGUGGAUGUUAUAGAUUGCAUGUACUGUAACAGACCAAGAAAAUUCUACAAUCUCCAUGUGAACUGACGGAAGUAGACAACAUCCAUGCUUCACUCAUACCUUCAAUAA